AAGAGCAGAUUUUUCUUCGAGUUCGACUUAUUUGAAAAUUAAAAAAAUAAAUAAAAACCUUGUUUGGAUACAAGAGAAAAAAUAACACUUUAGCUUUUGAAAUAAUCGAAAUAAAACUUGAUUCCGAUAUGGUUAAAUCGGUGAAACGCUGUGCUGCAUUAUUUUGUAGGAAACCGUUUGACAAAACCGAUGUAUACUAUCGUUUUCCGAGUUCGACCGUAAAGGAUUCUUUUCGCUUGCGGAUUUGGCAGCAGCGUUUGCUCGCUUCUCGGGAAGGCAAACAACGCGUCUGCUCUCGACACUUUUCCCCAGCUCAGUUCAAUCUCCGAGACGGGCUAGUGGCCGAGAUGAGGCAUGAUGCUGUUCCGGACCAAAACAUCGUCCCGAGAAUCGAUCCGAAUGAUCCGUUGGAUGCGGUCUGCCGCUUGUGUUUGGAACGCAUCAGAAACGAUUGCCAUCUGAUUCAUCCCGUAUGGCCUUCGCCGGACGUUCCCAGCGCCGAAGACAUUGAGGAGAUCUUUGGCAUUGUGAUUUCUAAUAGCGACGCCAUUCCUCGUCUAAUUUGCUUAACGUGCGUAACAAAGGUAAACUACGUUAUUCGGAUCCGAAAACAGUACAGUAAAAAUAAUGCCAUCUACACCGCAAAAUGGGCAUCUUCCCAGGAUGCUGAAAAGACUGUAAAAAUGGAUGAUCUGGAAUUCAACAACGACGAAUCACAAAAUGAUGUUGAACAACAAAGCCAACCAGGAAAAUCAUGCCACCAAAACGCUUUAUUAAUAGAUUCCUUAGCGCAAUACACUUCCGAGCAGACCAAUACUGCGCCAGAACAGACACCGAAAAUUGCUUCUAUUGUUAGCUAUGGCAAAAAUCCCGUCUCCGCUGCCUCAUCAUCCAAUGUAGACCCCGAAAGUGAGAAGGUUCUAAGCCAAAGCCAAACCUACGGCGAGCUCGUGUACGUCCAGCAAGGGAACAAAACCCAGCGGUUUCACAUCAUCAGCAGCAAUCAGAUCCUCAAUCAGAUCGGGCUUAACUGCGAACGGGAGGAGGAGGUUUGCACUACGGAGUGCAAAGUGUUGCCUUCGGACCCGGACGAUGAGGUCACUGAUUUGUUGUACACUGAUGAGCACACCGAGGACCCACCUGAUGCUAAACUAAUCAAGAUCGAAAUUCAAGAAUCGCCAGACUUUGGUAAUCUUUCGGAAGACGACAUUCAACCUGCUGUGGAGGAGGCCGAAGAACCAGUGCAGAAGAAACCUAGAAAUGAUAAUCCUUUCCAGUAUGAUCAGUUUAAAAGUGAACCGAGUUAAACUUCUAAUAGUUCGUUUAAAACAUCUCCGCUGUGUAGUGUUGAACUUAAUCUAGAAUUAAAAAAACACGUUAUAAUCAUUAAAAAAAACAUCUCCGGUGUCAAUGAUAAUUCGUCAGUAAAUUCUAGGCAAAGAGGUACCAAUAAAUCACAUAUGUACUGAAGCUAGGAUUAAUAAAGCUUGAAAUAUUCUGUC